UAUUUUCAGCAAAAUAUGACUACUCCAAUUUUUAGCAAAUGAUAAGAUAUAUAUUAUAUUUUUAUAUUAUUAUAAUAAUUAUAUUUUUCGCUUAGAUAUACAUAUAUUAUAUUGAUCAUUACGAAAUCUGAACGUCGCGGAAUUUUUCAUCAUUCAAUGAUGUGCCGUAUUUCUACUGUAACGAGAACAGAGACUGCGCUAUGUCGCGGGAUGCUGGAUGAUCAAUACUAUCACACUUUGGACCAAAGAUCCGAAUCAAGAAAGGACACAUCGUCUAACAUCAUGAAAACUGUGACGCAUACCUGCGUGCCAGGCAUCGCCGAUCUACCCGCUGAAGAGUCGAUUGAGGAGAUUGCUGAGUCGGUGGAUGAAUUGCGAGAGAAGCUCGCCAAUAUGAAAAAGCUCAUGGAAGAACGAAAGGGUACGACGUUAGGAGAGAUUAGUGCCCGAAAAAGAAAAGAGGCUUCCGACAUAAUAGACGGCAAUUUUUUGUCCUGGAUUUUCGGAUCAGUUCUCUUAGUAAUUUUGAGCGUGAGCUUUUAUGCUUUCUAUAAUCUUUAUCACGCGGUGCUGAAGAAAUUCCCAUCCCAUCAUACAGAAUUAUAAAGAUGUAUGAAAAUGAGAAGAAAUUCAAACUGGGAAUUUUCAUACAAGAAUAUUCUAUUAAAAAUUUAAAAAAUGGCCUCCUUUAAUUUCUCCUUUAAUGUCAGACAUAAAAUGGAAAGUUUUGAAAACAACAGAUUUUUUUUUAUGAUUUAUAUACAAAUUUUUCAUUUAACCAGUAAUAGAUUUUUUCUUCAGAAAAUUAUUGAUAUUUUCGAAUAAUUAAAUUGAAGAUAAAAACUAGCGAGUUAAAGAUGAUUAAAAAAAAUAGAUGACAUA